AUGUCCCCUCUAAACCACAACGACCUACCUACACGUCCGGCGCCAGCGAAAAGCGGGGCUAUUCUCGACAAUAAGGAAUCCAAAUUGACUCAGCUCGAGAAAUCCGAACUGGCCCUUGCAGACAAGUAUAGCUCGCCAGACGUCUACAUCAGUGGAGAAGCAGACACCUGCUGGCACCCCUGGACGGCCAAUCUGGAGCUGAAACCACUACGAUUCGAAACCAGAACGGGUACAUUUGUCGUCGUCUUGCGCAGCCUGGAAGAUACCUGGUUAGGCAAGCACAGGCAUCGAGGUACUGUGACUGCAGUGACGCUCAAUGGGGAAUGGAACUACAAAGAAUAUGAUUGGAUUGCCAAACCUGGGGACUACGUGGUGGAAAAUCCGGGCACAAUUCAUACGUUGCAUAUGAACAAAGGGGCAGAGGUGCUAUUUACUGUCUCAGGUAGUCUGGAAUUCUUCCACGACGACGACAGUCUGAAAAACACAAUGGAUGUCUUCAGCUAUGCCCAUAUGUAUUACGAGCAUUGUAAGGCGCAAGGAUUGAAACCAAAUGAUGGGCUUUGGUACUAG